CGAGGGACUACGUUCGUUGAAACUUCCUCGGAAUGAUACUUGGAGACGCGACUCAGAAUAUCAUGAAGCCUACCUUGGCCAAUCGACAAGACAAUUCCAAGCUUAGGUUUACCAAGGAUGGCACCUUUCAGAUCUCGGUAUUUAGUGAUCUACAUUUUGCCGAAAAUGCGACACUCGAUUCAAGAACCCAACAUGUCAUGUCCGAGGUGAUUGCAAGUGAAAGCCCACAGCUGGUAGUUUUGAAUGGAGACUUAAUAUCCGGUGAAGCUCUGGAUGGCUCCAAUCCUGCCCAGUAUCUUCACCAAGUUGUGAAGCCCUUAGUGGACAUGGACAUACCAUGGGCAUCGACGUAUGGUAAUCAUGACAGCGAAGUCAAUCUGGACCCGGAACAGGACAUAUACAAGCACGAGAUAAAAUAUCGAAACAGCCUGACGACUAGCAUGAUAUCGUCACCCGAAGCUGGUAUUACGAAUUAUUAUUUGCCGAUAUAUCCACAUGCAAGCUCGAAUGCGAUUCCUGCACUUAUUUUGUGGUUUUUCGAUUCCAAGGGAGGUCAUUACGCAACCAAUAGAAGUAAUGAUGAUCUUUCUGGUGCGAGAGGUGACUGGGUUGAUAAAACUGUCAGCGAAUGGUUUAAAGAUAAGAAUGCCAAUCUGACCGAGAAAUAUGGCAAGACCAUUCCAUCGCUUGCUUUCUACCACAUUCCUGCACACUCAAUGCUCAAAUAUCAAGAAGACUAUUUCAAUCAUCAUACCACACCUGGUAUCAAUGGCGAAGACGUAGUGUCGCAAGGCUCUGGCGACACGGACUAUUCGGGACAAGACAGUCAGUUCAUGCGGGCUCUUCUUAAUACUUCUGGGUUGAUGGCGACCUUCAGUGGCCAUGAUCACGAGAAUGAUUGGUGCUUCAAAUGGAAUGGCAGUAUUGCGGAUCAAAAUUUAACGGGGAACGGUAUCAAUAUGUGCUACGGCCGACACACUGGCUAUGGUGGCUAUGGCGAUGCUCCUCGCGGGGGACGUCAAAUAUAUUUGAAUCAGAAAACUAUGAAGAACGAGAUAGAGACAUGGAUUCGGUUAGAAGACGGUACAACCUCAGCGGCAGUCACACUCAACGCCACAUAUGGCCAGGAUUCAUACGGAGACGGUGUUUCGAAACUGAUGCGAGCUUCGAAUAUCGCCAGUGCCCAUCAAGAAUGUCCUUUACUCGCCCUGGUUCUAUUGUGGAUUUUUACUUUGACAUGGUUUCAGAUAAAAAGUAUUUAG